AUGUGGAAUGACGAGGACAAUAACCCGUACGGCACCAGCUUUGACAGGCGGGACUCGCAGUCGUCGUCUGUCAACCCGACGUCCCCACACCAUUCCCAAACCGUCGCUGAGAUGGUUGAUUCAAUUCUGUCAGAGGACGAGGAAGAGAUCAAUGAUACUUACGAUUUUCUCUCAGACCAAUCGUUCGAGCCACCUCAAACACCCACCUCCAGUAGCGAUGAUGAGCAUGGACAGUUUGGCCACGGCGGUGAUGACGACGAUGGGGACUCGGCGCAGGAUCCCGGCCCUAAGCGCAAGCCUGGUGGUUACGACAGUCGCAUCGAGCAGAUCCUAUAUGAGAACCCCAAAUUAUCUAUCGUCAUCACGGAUGCUGGCAAGAGCCUAGAGAGCGGCGGCAGAUAUAUCGUGUACACUAUCAAGACUGGCGAUCUUGAAGUGCGCCGCCGAUAUUCAGAGUUUGCUUCUCUGCGCGAUGCCCUUACGCGCCUUCACCCUACCUUAAUUGUUCCUCCCAUCCCCGAGAAGCACACGAUGGCUGAUUAUGCUGCGAACCCCACGAAUGCGAAGCAGGACCAGCAAAUCAUUGAUCUUCGAAAGCGCAUGUUGGCAGUCUUUUUAAAUCGCUGCCGCCGAAUGGACGAAAUCCGAACUGAUGGAGUUUGGUGGCGGUUCCUGGACCCUAAUGCUAGCUGGAGCGAGGUCUUGCACUCUCAUCCCGUGUCGUCAAUUCCCAAGUCGAUCUUGAAAGCGCCUCCGCUGGACCCCGCAAACCCAACUCCCGCGCACAGCUACUUGCCAAUCCCGGCAGCAUCGGCAAAGCUCAAGACGGUGGCCGGUACCAAUCACGAUAAUAGCUCGGGCCAUAUACAAGCAGGACCUCACGCCUUCGGCCGGUUUCCACCUGAGGGUCACAAUUUGGGCGAACAGGAGCUGGACCCUUAUUUCAUCUCAUACGAGUCCUCGAUCAAGGAACUCGAACAGCUUCUUACUGGCCCAAUGGAAAAGGUGAACAGACGAACUCUCAGUCAUCUCUCCUCAUUGGCUGCCGAUCUCUGUGAGCUAGGGUCCGUCUACAACGCCUUUGCGGUUUCAGAGCAGGCACCGUCGCUCGGACCGGCCAUUGAGCGAAUAGGCCAGGCAGCUGAUCUAUCAUAUAUCGCCACAGAGGAGCUCUCAGGUUCUUUGGGUGCUAGCUUUGCCGAACCAAUGCGUGAGCAUGCGCAAUUUGCGGGUGUUGUUCGAAGUGUACUAAAGUAUCGUGUGCUCAAGCGUGUGCAACAAGACUUGACUAGCGAAGAGCUGAACAAGAAGCGAGCGCUGCUCGACCAACUAGAACAGAGUGAAGCCGAAGCUCGAAGGAUUGAAAAUUACCUCUCGGGCAGUCAGCAAAUAUCACCACCGCCAAAGCGAUCGGCGAGCCUUAAGGAGCCGUCCUCUCAUCAACGGCGUGAUGGUGGCCAGGACGACACCGAGUCCAUCGAUUCUGACUUUCCUGGGGCCCACGGAGACUUUUCCUCGCACACACCUUCAGCCAGUCAGGGGCUACCCGAAAGGAGUACCAGUGCGCCGUCGCAUAAGAAGAUGCCCAGUGGGAACUCGAUAACGAACAAGAUCUUUGGACCCAUCCGGCAUGCAGUACAAGGGGUCGUUGACGUCGAUCCAGAGAGAACACGCCGCGAUUUGAUUGGAAAGACGAGAGAGAGCAUCGGUCAGUUAGAACAAGCUCAGGUUGUCUCGGAGCGCGAUGUCAAAGAAGCCAGCGCGAGUGUCCUAAAGGAUAUGAAGCGAUUCCAAAAGGACAAGGAGGACGACUUGCGACGCUACAUGCUCGCCUAUGCCCAGAGCCAGAUCGAGUGGGCCAAGAAAAGUAAGCAACAAUGGGAGGAAGCUCGAGCAGAGGUAGAGAAGAUUGACGAGUCCUAA